UUUUUUAUUUUAGCUGAUAAAGAGGGGGCUUUCUUCUUGGUUUAAAAUAAAAAGUUAUAUUUUAAGUGCUGGUAUUUCAACCGCAAUGAUAGGUGCUACAUAUAUAUAUUAGAUAUAUUAUAAAUAUACAUGAAUAUAGAUUGACUGGCUCUGUCAGCUGUCCGUCAGUGGUUCAGAUAAAAACCGAGCCAAUUCGAGUUGAAUAAACCCAACCGCAACCGAAUCGAAAGCGAGAGGCACCGGCACCUGAACUCUAUAAUCCGACCACUCUGAUCUAAUGCCGCUGAAAUCGCACAAGGUUGUACUUGUACGUAGACUUAGAUAUAUGGUAUGUGGUGGUUAUAUAGCGGGUCCAACCCAUUCCGAUUCCGAUUUCGGUUUCGCUUUCGAAGUCGACUUAAACUUGGCACCUGUUGCGGUCAGAGCAACACUCGCCUACACUGUCGAACAAAGUUCCGAAUCGAGACGUAUCGAAUUGACGUAAAAAUGGUUUGUGGUCGAAAGUGCUGUUUCUUCUGCCUCUUCAUGAGCUUCUGGGGCUUUCUGAUGCUCAAUCUGCUGGGAAUUUGCUUCUACCUACGAUCCCUUAUGCUGCUCAACGACCUGCAAUUGCCCCAAGAUUUCAAUAGUCCGGAGAGUUUUAAGGAGUAUACCGAAGUGGCCUACCAGGAGGUGUCCAUUCGAUGCUUCAUAGCCGCCGUCAUCUAUCUGGGAUUCGUGUUUGUUUCGAUAAUCGCCAUCCGGCGUGACAACAAGAGGAGGAAGCGACUCUACAAACGGCAAAAUAUGCGACACCCUCGUUGAUUUGUGUUAUACUCGAUGAUUGGUUGCUAAAUAAAUUAUAUAUUUCAUGGUUCCAA